UUGUACACGCGUCCAAGAUCUGUACGUUUACAGAACCCACAAAAUUGGACUUUUUGUUCUUUAUUUUCAUUUUCUCGAACACAUUAAAUUCUUGCCAAGUAGGAAACCGCCAUAAUUUUUUUUUCCUUAUUGCAGUGCACUAUACUGGAAAAAUUACCUGUUGUGCUCUGCGCAUCAAUUGUUAUACACACUGUCGGUUUAAUCGAAGAUUACAGUGGAAAUCACGUUUAUCGAAUGAAUUGGUGAAUUUUUCGAUUAGUUGAUUCAGAAAUGAGACCUAUUUCAUCGUUUGAAGAAGUCGAGAUCCAAACCCUAACCCUAACUCUAAUUCCAGGGCUGCCAAAUGAUUUAGGGGCACUGAUUUUAGCAUUCAUUCCAUAUUCUCAUCACUCCCGCCUCAAAUCCACUUGCAAAUCAUGGAAACGGUUCUUUUCUUCCAAAACCUUGAUUUCUAUCCGCCAAAAUUAUGUACUUCCCCCUCAUCUGCUCUGUAUUUUCCCACAGGACCCUUCGAUUUCGUCUCCGUAUUUGUUUGACCCCAAAAAUCUCUGCUGGUUCCCUCUUCCUCCCAUGCCCUGUAACCCCCAUGUGUAUGGUCUCUGCAAUUUCAUUUCCGUUUCUGUCGGGCCUCACUUGUAUGUGCUCGGUGGAUCACUCUUUGAUACCAGGUCGUUCCCCCUUGACCGUCCUUCACCGUCAUCAUCUGCAUUUCGCUUUGAUUUUAUGACGUUUUCAUGGGAUUCAUUGUCCCCCAUGAUCACGCCGCGUGGCAGUUUUGCAUGUGCAGCUUUGCCGGAUAGCAAUAAGAUUAUGGUGGCAGGGGGUGGGUCGCGGCACACAAUGUUUGGGGCGGCAGGGAGCAGGAUGAGCUCAGUGGAGAUGUAUGAUAUCGGAAAGGAUGAGUGGGUGGCAUUGGAUGGGCUGCCAAGAUUUAGGGCAGGAUGUGUUGGUUUCUUUCUUGGAAGAAGGGAGUUUUGGGUUAUGGGAGGAUACGGGGAGUCAAGGACUGUCUCAGGGGUGUUUCCGGUGGACGAAUAUUACAGGGAUGCGGUGGUGAUGGAGUUGAAGAAUGGUGGCAAAUGGAGGGAACUCGGGGAUAUGUGGGAGGAAGGGGAGAGACGGAGACUCGGUAAAAUUGUUGUGGUUGAGAGUGAGAGGCAAGAUGUUCCCGAGAUUUUCAUGCUUGACAAGAGUGAAAUAUCCAGAUAUGAUAUGACUUCUAAUCGCUGGAUAAAGGAGACAAGUGUGCCUAAAAAAGCUUCAGAUGAUUCAUCAGUUGGGUUUGUCUCGUUAGAUGGGGAGCUGCACUUACUUACUCUUGUGAAUGGAAAUGAUUCACCGGAGAGCCGACGAUCACGACAGCAUAAGAGGUUAGCAACACUGUUAAUACAAAUAUAUCAUCCUAGGAAGAGGACAUGGAGAUCCCUUGUUACAAAGCCACCCUUUCAUCACCCUAUUGAUUUCAAAACAGCAGUUAUGUGCACCAUUCGACUGUAGAUCCAUUGAUAUCUUGAUGCAAUCUUAUGCUGGAUACUCUAUUUGUACAUGAACUCCAUAGCUUGAUGACUAUAUUAGUUUUCAUAAAAAGAUGUUUGCGGGAGCAUGUAAUUGAACAGGUAUAAAGGGUUGUAAAUACAUGUAUAUUUCUUGUCUCUCUUCAUAUUUUAAA